GGUAAUAGGUACACACCGACGCCGGGCAUAUAUAGAUAUAUCUGUGCCCGCAGCCCGGUGCGGGGUGCCGGCCCAUGAACAACUGUUGAUAGUGUUAUCAGUUAUCAAACAGCUGGUGUUAAGUAGCUGCUCACAUGGCAUUUUCAGUGGUUGACUGUUAACAAUGGUAGUAAAUUCAGUUAUCCCCUCUUGAAACCGUCACCGGCAUUUAUAAUUUCAUAUUAAUGUCUCUUUUGGAGUUUAGAAUAUGCCAGUUUGCACAUAUUAUUAUAACGUUUAUCUUUAUUGUUUCAUUAUUUUCUUUUUUGUAAAGCCCAAUUUUGUAAUUAUCUCAAUUAUAUAGUUUACAAUCGGAAUACGGUGAAAACUUAUUGAUUGCAAAUUCACUAGCGGACCGUUGUUGCUGUUAGAAUAUAAUAUUUUUUAAAGAAGUCAGUACAUAUUUUCAACGUAAAAUAAUAAUACAGAGAGUCUUUUUAAUAGUGCACAAUGACUAGAAAAAAGAAGGUAGCCAAUUAUCCUAAACGAGUUCAGAAGUCUGAAUGGACUAACCAAAGUUGGUUAGAAAAUGACUUGUCUCAAUCAAUGACAUUAACUACACCUGUAAACAGUUUAAUCAAUUUUAGAGAUAUUCCGUUGUAUCCUACGUUUGAAGAUAUAAAAAGCAAACCACCAACGUUAUUUGCAAACAAGGUAAAACGGCCUUACGCAAAUUGUGAAGAAUAUCUAGACAGAUUUUUUCGUUUAAUGCGUGAAGAUUUCACAUCGUCCGUCAGAGAUGCAAUAUGUUUUUUGAAAAAACCUAACAAAAGUGAACACGAACGUUUCGAAAUGCAAAGGCUGUGGCAUUAUGAAAAUGUUCAAAUACAAAAAACUAAUGCUACUUCGUUAAAAACUAUGAUUUUUCGUUUUGAAACUGCCACUAGAGCAUUGCAAUUUGAUUAUGAAAGUAGUAAACGUUUUAAAAAUGGCGCUUUGCUUGUACUAACUAAAGACAACUAUGAAACAUUUAGUUUAGGAAUAAUAACAGACACUUUUAAUUUAAAUAGAGGUAUAGUGGGUGUUGAUGUCGUUGACUUUAAGGAAGUCAAUAAAUGGACUCGCAUUGACAUUUUAGAACCAUCGGCUUUCUAUGAACCUUAUAGAUAUGUGCUGGCAGUCUUUCAAGAUAUGUCCGAAAUUAAUUUCCCAAUGAAAAACUAUAUUAUAUAUGGAUGGAAACAAAUCUCACCCCCUACAUAUUUGGUCAACAAUUCAACAUAUAAUAUAAAUGGCAUUGUGUUUGAUAUUCUAGAUAACAACAAAUGGCCUUCUGCUAAUUCUUUACAAAUGGAUAUAAAUCAAUACGAAGCUCUAAAAGGUGCAUUGACUAAAGAGUUCACUAUGAUUCAAGGGCCCCCAGGAACAGGCAAAACCUACAUUGGUUUGGAAAUUGUUAAAAUUAUAAUUGAGAACAUGUAUAAAACUAAAAAACUGACCAGUCCCAUCUUGGUAGUGUGUAUGACAAAUCACGCUUUGGAUCAGUUCCUUGAAGGCAUAUGGAGAACGACCAAGAAUAUUGCUAGAUUCGGUUGUGGUACCAAGAGCGACAUUUUGGUCAACUACGUACCUCGCAUGAGCAUUGCUCGCAAUGAUACGUGUGCAGACAUAUAUGUAGGUGCUAAACGAAGUGUUGCUACAACAUUACAGCAAGAAAAUGUGUAUCAAAAAAAUAUCAAACAAGUAACUCGUAAUAUUGGUAUUCUUAGUUUGUCCACACUCAUGGAAGUACUAAUAACAAGAGGCUUCGAUUCUUGGUUUAAUGAUUCCUAUGACCUAUUGUCUUGGUUGUUCUAUAAUGUCACCGAUGAUAACGGUAUUAAUCCAGUAGAUUUUAUGAAAAAAAAUAAAUUGUUAUCUUCUUGGUUGGUUAAGUCAAAAAGUGACCAUGCCGGAGAUCAGUUGUAUUGCAUGACAUUAACAAAUAUUAAAGAAUACUAUUCACAAACACAGUGUAAAUUGGACGGUUUGCAUCGUAUAUUCAAUCCUGAUAACAACGAACACGUUUUGAGAAAACGUGAUUUGGAAUAUACUUUAAAUACCAUAAAGACUAUUGAAAAACAUAUGAAUAAACACUUGAAAUUAGUGCAAUCCGACACUAUUGUUGAGUAUACUCAAAAUAUCAACUGUAAUGCAAUUGAUGGGCGACAUCGCUGGUUGCUGUACUAUAAUUGGGUUCAUCUUUAUUUGAUGUUGGAAAACAAUCAUAUAGCGAAUAUCAAAGAUGAUGCACGUCAAAUGAGACGAGAAGUAAAUAAAUUUAAGUCGAUUGGCUUUUUGAAGCCUGUGAAAAAUAAAUUUGUUAUCGGCAUGACAACAACUGCAGCCGCAAGAAAUAGAUACUUAUUAAAGAAUCUCAAGUGUCCAAUUGUUAUCAUUGAAGAAGCAGCAGAGGUCCUUGAACCUCACAUAGUAGCUUCAUUGUCUGAACAUUGUAAACAACUAAUUCUGAUUGGUGAUCACAAACAGUUACGUCCCCAAACAGCUAAUCAUAUUAUGGGUCAAAAGUACAAAUUGGAUGUCUCACUUUUUGAACGAAUGGUUCAUAAUGAUAUUCCUUCAUACAUAUUAGCAGAACAACAUCGUAUGAGACCUGAAAUCGCCGGUUUGGUAGCACCGGCUAUAUAUCCACAUUUAAGAAAUCACCCGUCUGUAUUAAACCGACCUCACGUUCGUGGUGUUGCCUCUGACGUAUUUUGUAUAACACACAAAGCAUUUGAAGAAAAAGAUGUAGAACUAUCCAGUUUUAAAAAUAGUCUUGAAGGUGACUUUUUAGUCGCUUUAGCAGAUUAUUUAUUAAAACAAGGAUAUUAUCCUGAAGACAUCACCAUAAUGGCCAUGUAUAACGCUCAAGUUGUAUAUAUAACCAAGUUAAUAAAUAAUCCACCUUAUGAACAUUUAAAAGAAAUUAGAGUUUCAUCUGUAGACGGAUAUCAAGGCGAAGAGAAUGAAAUCGUUUUGCUAUCAUUAGUGCGCAGUAAUAGUUAUAAUAGCGUCGGGUUCCUGAAAACAAAUAACAGGGUAUGCGUAGCACUGUCAAGAGCCAGGUUAGGCUUUUAUAUUGCAGGAAAUCUAGAUCUACUUUCUAGGGCCAGUAAAUUAUGGGAAAGCAUUAAGAAAUAUUUAUGCAAAACACAAGCUAUCGGCUCAAAAUUAAAGUUAAGAUGUACAAGUCAUAACAAAGUGUUGGGAGAAGUGUCUAGUGCUGCUAAUUUUAUGAAAGUUGGUAGUUGUAAAUCAAUUUGUAACGUCGUCCUAUCUUGUGGUCACAGAUGUACAAAAAAAUGCCAUGCCGACGAUAGUGACCAUUUGCAAGUGAAAUGUCCACACCCUUGCACGAGGAGGUGUUCAAGAAAUCACAAGUGCAAACAUAUGUGCUAUGUGGAAUGUAACAACUGUACAGUGUUCACAAGAGAACUUGGAGAGUGUGGGCACUUAAUUGAAGGUCAAUGCCAUAUUUUCAAUCAAAUCAAGUGCAACGUCAAAGUCAAGGUAAUGUUGGAGUGUGGUCACGAAAUUGAAAAAUUGUGUCAUAAGCCUUCAGUUUGUGACAAAGCCUGCGAGAACCUGGCUCCCGGUUGUUUGUUCCGACAUGCGUGUAAAAACAAAUGUGGCCAAGUUUGUGGUCCAUGUACAGCUCCUAUUCCGAUAAUAAUGUACUGCGGGCACACUUCACAAAUUUUGUGCUCGCAAGAAACAAAUUCUGCUGUAUGCAAGACGCAAGUGAGACGUCAACUGCCGUGUGGACACCAAACGAUGGUUUCUUGCACUGAAGACGUAUUGAAUUUAAAAUGUCAAGAUAAAAGCCAUAAAAAUGAUAAUGUUAUGAAAACACCUAAAGCUGUUGUUCUGGUGGACCGUACAAACGUACAAACUGAAGAGAUUGUAAAAAACAAAAUUAUUUUUCCAUGUGGACAUAAAGGCCAUUUGAAUGUUCCCAACGGUUCAAGUAUUAAUGAAAAUUCCAAUCCAGAAAUAUUGGCUAAAUAUUGUGACAAAAUAUGUUCUAAGAAACGAGAAUGUGGACAUUACUGCAAAGCUAUGUGUAAAGAUUGUCCUUCAAAAAAACAGCAUAACGCUUGUCAUAGUUGCAAAAGGAAAAAAGUUUUUAGUUUAAAUACUGUUUCCUCUAUAAAGUUUCAUGUUAAAGACAAAAAACAGUCUAAGAAGAUGAUUGUCGAUGAAGUGAGUAAUUACUAAGUAUUAGUAUGAGUAUAUUAUGUUGCUCUAUUUUUGAUGUGAUAACGAGUGAUGGAAUACAAUUUUAUUUAAGUUAUUAUUUUAUGUUAUUACCUUAUUAUUUUUUUGUUGACUACUAAAUUAUAUACUAAUGUUUUUCGAUUGAAAGUUUCCUUAUA